CUGAACCUCAACUCGAUCACCAUAUCUGACAUAUCAACCAGGACAUGAUUCUAAGCUCAGACGGAUGAAAUGCCUGCCUUUGCGUCCUUCCCAGACGAAUUAUUGCUUCAGAUAUUCCUUGAGCUAGACUACGAAAGUCAGUUGUCCCUUGGACGCUGUUCACGAGCGCUGCAGCUCUUUCUGCAGGACUCGAAGCUGUUCGAAGAUACUUUGCGAAAAGCGUUUCCACUUGCACAUGCGCGUGUUGCAAGGUCGGUGAAACCAGCCCAGCAUGGCUCAUUGUCUCGCUGGGAGCAUGCCCUGAGGUCUUGUGUGGCACAACAACGAUGCUGCACUCAACGCAAAGCUCUGCAAUACAGGAAAACGAAGAUUGAUCAACUCUUGCCAUUCUUUCCAGCCAGGCCGCCUAUUCCAGGUUUUCUUCUGAAGGUCCUGGUCAACUACGGGAAAUUAGUCUGCUUCGUGGAUCCUAGGGAAACUGGCAUAGACCGCUAUGUGAGAAUUCUCGAUUUAGGAAGUGGUGAAAUCGGCCACUGUGACCUUGGUGACGGCCACGAGAUCAGAGCAGUAGUAUUGUCCGCCGAGCAUGUUCAUGUUGUUGCUGUACAUCAAGACGCAAGCAUGCACAACCACUCCAUCUUUACAUUUGAUUUUCAAGCAAAGUUGACGUCUUCCUUUACGAUCACUUGCAAUACCGUCCAGGCAGCAGCAGCUUCUCAGCAUUUUCUCUUCCUGAGCUGCUCGCGAGGUAUUUGGAUCCAAUGCGAUGUGUACAAGAAGACUUAUUUGAUGCUGUCAGGGGCUUCAGCUCUUCCUCGCUGGCCAUACGAUCGGCUCUUCUGUGCAGCAGACAAAGACUAUCUUUACGUGGUACCAAGAGACCGAGCCGCAAUGUGCUGGGAUUUACACAGAGAAUGUUGGUCUCCUCUCGAUAUCAAAACAACAAAUUGCAAUCUGUACAGUUCGGGUAACUUUGUUUAUUGCAGACAAGAUGACCAGCUCUGCAUACUCCAUGGAACCGAGAAGACUUUUGCCAACGGAAGCUGUCCUGGUUCAAUCUUCGACAGUCAUGCAAUCUGUCCAAUAUUGGACAUUGGAGGCUUCGCAGCUUGGCAAGGCGACGAGGAAACCAAUUACGGACUCUACUCUUAUACUGGCUUGGCGCAAGCCAUGAAAGAGCCUGGCCGGCUGAUGGGGCCGGGUGAGUCUCGCGAUCAGAUUGAGAAUAUGAAUGUGAGACUCUCGAGUGACCAUAACUGGCUCGUUCUUUAUGACAUGUAUAGGAUUGAUAUACAAGCUUGGUACUUAGGUGGCGCCUAGCAAACUCCAGGGUCAUAGUGUAUUUUGACA